CGAAGAAGAGUCGGCCAUACGAAACCGAGCUAAUUGCUUGCGUCGGGUCUCGCACGAGCCCUCGCGAAGAAGCCAAGCUAUACAAGUCCGGCGACGCGGUCGGUCGUCGGGGCGGAGGAGAAAGAAGCCAAAGGUGGAAGGAGGCGGCCAAAAGGAAGACGUCAUCCUAGGAACGCAAGGAAGGAAGGCCGCUUCUCUGAAUUCCUCUCCUCUUCCUAUCCCAGCAAGCUCUAAGGCUUUUUAGCGAUACCUACCGAACGAGUUGUCUCGGCGUCGCCGUUUCUUGGGUCGUUUGCUGGACAUUGAAUCGAAUCAUCUCUUCUUCUUCUUCUUCUUCGUGGUCAUCUUCCCGAGGCUUCGUGCUGAACCGAACCACCCGUUCUUGGAUCGAUCGUUUGACGCCGAUUCCACCUUUUCUACUCUAGGUUUUCGCACUGAGUCCCACCACCGCUUCCCGGAUCGAUCAAUGGACAUCGAACCGGCCGAUCGGUACGGAAACAAAAGGUCUUUCCAGCGAGCAGGAUCGUCGCAGGGUGCGCCCGACAGGGUCAACAAGGUCUGCUUCGACUGGCAAGCGGGACGAUGCAAUCGCCACCCCUGUCGCUUCCUCCACAGCGAGCUUCCGCAGCCCAUGUCCGCUGAUGGCGCCACCUCCAGGCGGGGCAAUCACCAGGGCCUCGUGCGGGGAAUUUCUGGUGCGGUCGGUGCCUCAAUCUCCGGUUGGGGAAAGGGCCGAGCGGGCCGCAAGGCUUCCGACAAGAUCUGCAGUUACUUCAUCGGUGGGAAUUGCAGCUAUGGGGAUAAAUGCAGGUUCUUGCAUUCGUGGUUCAUCGGUGACAGCUUCUCCCUCUUGGCCCCGCUUCAAGGGCAUCAGAAUGUCGUUACUGGUAUUGCACUGUCUUCAGAGUCCGGCAAGCUCUACUCUGGCAGCAAGGACGAAUCUGUUCGGGUUUGGGAUUCUCAGACUGGACAAUGCACGGGAGUUUUCAAUGUUGGAGGUGAGGUUGGAUGUAUGAUCAGUGAAGGUGCUUGGAUAUUUAUUGGAGUUCCAAAUGCCGUCAAGGCAUGGAACACACAAACCGCAACAGAUCAAAACCUUGAUGGACCUAUCGGACAAGUUUAUGCUUUGGUUGUUGGCAACGAUAUGCUGUUUGCCGGUACACAGGAUGCACAUAUAUUGGCAUGGAAGUUCAAUGUUGCUGGGAACUGCUUUGAACCUGCUGCUUCUCUUAAUGGCCAUCGACUUGCGGUGGUUUCUUUAGUUGUGGGAGUCAUGAGGCUGUACUCUGGUUCCAUGGAUCACACAAUAAAAGUCUGGGAUCUUGCAACUUUACAAUGUCUUCAGACCCUCAAUGACCAUACGUCCGUUGUUACAUCAUUACUUUGUUGGGAUCAAUUUUUGCUAUCUUCUUCUUUGGACCAAACAAUUAAGGUUUGGGCUGCUACAGAAAGCGGAAACCUGGAAGUAAAAUACAUUCACAACAAGGAACAUAAUUGGUGCAUGCCAUGACUUGGUGCCUGUCUUAAACCUGCAGUAGCGACAACGUGGCGUGCAUCAAGAAGCACACUGCCCAGUCCCCACCUCUCACCCUUUAGAUGCACACCACGCUGGCCAGUUGUUACUCGGCAUGAGCAGCACCUCUUCUGUUAUAUGAGAAUGUUCACUUCAGCAGUAGCUUUAGAUAUUGGAUUCUUGUCCUUCGCAUUGCACAUCACAUGUUGGUGGAGUUGUUGCAAGCCGACACCUGAUUAUGUUUGUGCAACAUGCUUCUGUAGGAAGAUAGGAAUUUUUAACCUAAUCUACUCACCCGUGUUACUAACGAA